AUGGCUCACCUCUUGCGUGGAAAGCAGGCUGGUGUCAGCAACGACCUCUCCCUGGGCCUGGGCCCUGAUUCAUUCGUGCUCGACCAUAUCCGCAACUACGGCAUCAACUCCAAAGUCACCCAGGUCGCAUACGACCCCGUCCAAUCCCUCCUCGCCGUCGGCACGAGCGACAGCAAGUAUGGCCCCGGCCAGAUCUACAUAUUCGGACAGAAGAGGGUCGAAGUGGUGCUGUCGCUGCCCACGCGCAACGCCUCGAUCAAGAUCCUGCAGUUUUGCGCCGAGAAGCUGCUGUGCGUAGACUCAAAGAACGACCUGUCCGUCUUUUCGCUCGAGACGAAGAAGCUGCUCAACGCCCAUUCCCCUCCCGCCCGCAUUACGGCGCUGCACUGCGACCCUACCAUCGAUUACGCGCUGCUCGGUACACAGCACGGUGAGGUGUACGCCUAUGAUCUGGCUAGGGAGGCACUUACACCCUUCAAGAUUCCCAACUUGUGGAGGGAAAAGUUCCCACGCUCACGCCUAACCUCCGUUGUUACGCUCUCGCUCCACCCUAGAGAUAUCGGCUCCCUCCUGAUUGGGUACAACUCCGGCGCAGUCAUCUAUUCGUUCAAGCAAAACAAAGCCCUGCAUUUCUUCAACUAUGUGGUCCCCAAAGGAGCCCCUGGAGGCGACUCGGAUCCAGUCUCCGUCUCCAAGGACCGCGAACCUCCGCUUACCCAGGCUGUCUGGCACCCAACCGGCACUUUUGUUCUGACAGGACACGAAGAUAGCAGUAUCGUUAUAUGGGAUUCCAAGGAUGGCCGCAUCGUACAAGCGAGAACCUUGACCGAUACAAACGUAGACAAGCCCGGUCCAGGCAGCUUCAGCCCAGGUGCCGUUGAAGGAUCGUUUGCACUCAAGUCCCCCAUCUUCAAGAUUGCGUGGUGUGCGAACCAGGACCCUGACGAUACCGCUAUCCUCAUCGCUGGUGGACAGCCAUCCAACAUCUCCGCCAAAAGUCUGACGCUUUUCGAGCUGGGUAGAACACCGGUUUACGCGACCGCAUCCUGGCAAGUACUAUCCGAUCACUUCGAGAAUCCCAAGAGGCAAAGGAUACUUCCAUGCCCGCCUGGGACUGAGGUGGUGGACCUGUUCCUCAUUCCAAGGACGUCCCCUCAUUACGCUGGCUGCCACGACCCCAUUGCCAUUCUCGCCUUACUUGCAUCUGGGGAGUUGAUCACUCUCUCUUUUCCAAGCGGAAUGCCCAUCACGCCAACUAAUCAACUGCACCUCUCCAUGACGCUUGUCCAUCCGUAUAUCAAUUAUGCAAAUCUCGCGCCUGUAGAGCGUACACGGUGGCUUGGCAUGACCGAGAAGCGCCAACACGGUCCGCAAUUCCUCAUCGGUGGUGCCGAGGCUGUUCAUCCGCUCAAGCGGUUUGAGAAUCGAAACAUCGUCCAGACAGCUCAUGCAGAUGGCACGAUCAGACUAUGGGAUGCAGGUCACGCCGAUGAGAUUGAGAACCCUGCAUUGCUACAGGUAGACGUAGCUCGAGCAGUCGGCCGCCCAGAGCACAUACACGUGACACAAACCUCGUUUGCAGGAGCAGCAUCCGAACUAUCCGUAGGGUUGAAGACUGGUGAAGUAGUGGUAUUCAGAUGGGGUGUAAACAGGCAUGCUGGACAGGAGUACCCACCGGGUGACAAUAAACCGCAAGCGCUUACCAAUAUCUCGGAAAGAAGUGAAGCGGCUCUCAAAGAGGGACUGCUGCCUUUUACUUUGCUUGACGAGGGCAAUGGACCAGUCACCGCCUUGAAACAUUCUGAUGUUGGCUUUGUUGCUGCGGGCUUUGAGGGUGGCAGUCUGGCCAUCAUUGAUUUGCGAGGGCCCGCUGUUAUCUACAGAGCGUCGAUACAGGAAUUUGUCAAGCCGGACAAACGCGCCAGCUUCCGACGGAGUUCAACGCAGGCAGCACCCAAAGCGGAGUGGCCCACUUGCCUCGAGUUCAGUGUUAUGACACUCGAAGAUGACGACUAUUCCAGCAUUCUACUUCACGUCGGUACCAAUCUUGGCCACCUGGCAACCUUCAAGCUACUGCCAGAACCAAGUGGCCAAUACUCAGUAAAACCUGCGGGUGUGUGCUCGCUUGACGACAAGGUUAUCAGCAUCAGCCCCAUGCACGCCGAAACUGGUCGCCCAGCAUAUGCUUCGCAGUCUGCCGUUGCUGGACUUCGGAAUGGCUCGAAGAUUAGCGGCGUCCUUUUAGCCACAACAGCCUCAGGCGCGAGGUUAUUCCGUCCCGCCACAAGUAAAGGAGCGCACAAAACCUUUGAUCAGUUCUUGUGCGAUGCUGCGACUGUGGUGAGGUACGAAGACAAGGGCUACGCAAUGCUUGGGUUGUAUGGAGAUGGAUAUGCGAGAGCGCAUUCGCUACCUGCAUUGAAGGAGAUCGGGUCUGUCAACCUCAGUGAUUUCUUAGACAUCAGGCGCUUCUCUGAGGCAGUCAUUACAAGUACUGGCGACAUCUUUGGCUGGAAAGGGCCUGCGGAAAUGGCUCUUGUCAACGUCUUUGGAACGGGACUGCAAUAUGAACGCGCGAAGGAUGUCUUGCUUAACCCAGAACUUUUGAUUCCGCCCCGACCCACUAUCAGCAAUAUUCAAUGGAUCUCUGGCACCCAAUAUGUAACACCAGCCGACAUGGAUCUUCUCAUUGGUGGUCCUGAUAGGCCCUUAUCAAAUCGUCAAAUGGCGCAGCAGCGAGCAGAGGCGGAGCAGGAACGACGCCGCGCCAAUCCGACCGCAGCCAGCUCUUCUGCCGCUGGAUAUCAGUCCUAUCCUACCCAAGUAUCCCCGACUCAAGAAGGAUGGGGUGCUUGGGCGAGUCGUCAGCUCAACGAGCGCACGGAGAAGCUCAACAUUGUUGGGGAUAGUAUGGACAAUCUUUCACAAAACAGUGCAGGUUGGGCAAAUGACGUCAACAAGUUUGUCGGAAAGCAGAAGAGAGGACUAGUCAUGGGUGCUAUGAAGAGCAAAUUCGGAUUUUGA